GAUGACGCGAGCGCUGUGAUCGCGCUUCGACCAUUUCAUUUCGUUCCCCCAUUUUUUUUAUUAGUCGACGUCUGAAUGCGUUGCGGAUAGGUCGUAUCGCGUUUUGUUAUCAUAUCGUCGCGUCACUCACGACUUGUUUACGCUUACAAAACUAAUAACAAUUGAUAUUCUUAUUGGUGCGUGAUGAACAGAACAGUUACUCAGUUGUUACAUUUAUUAUUAUCUAUUGCCGCGUGCUGUGACUGAUUUUUGACCUUGUUUGCGCUAGGUAAAGAGCGUGGUGGAUGCUAUUGGUGAAGUGCGUCGCUGUGUAGUGCGCUUGGACUUUGAAGAUAUGUCUACAUUGAGUGUAAGAGCCCCUGGCCUGACGGCCACAUCCAUCCUCGACGCCAAGUCGCUGCGAAUCCGCGGUCUUACGACACUCGACGGCGUGCGAAGGAACCUAUUUGGGUGUACAGACAGAGAAGAAAACAGAAGGUUCGCUGAGCGAGAGCUAAAAAGGCAGUCCGAACUCGAUAGUGAGAGAUGGGGCUUCGAUUUCGCAAAUGAAACGCCUUUACCGGGUCCACAAAGAUUUGCUUGGCAAUUGGUACCGGCAACCAGUGUUCCAGCAGCUUUGAGGAGGGCACCGAUGACAAUUACGACUCCAAAUCAGAAUACUACUCCACAGGAGAAGAAUAUUUCGAGUCCAGAGCCUACCAAAACCCAAAAGAGGAUGACAGAUUUCCUGAAGCCUCGCAAGCGGUUAUCGACCAGUGGAAAGAAGUCGCCGGCUCACUCCCACAAGCACGAGUGCGGCCACGGGGCUCAUAUCCGCCCCCCCAAAGUGGCACGCCUCAGCCAACCCCACUUCAAGAGGAGCUAGACCACAAACAACCAGAACUCGACUAAUGGCAGCUACACAACCGUUGCCCGGGUUCUAAAAUCCUAAUUUAUUGUUUUUACUAUGUGAAAACGGAUUUAUUUUGUUAAGUAAUUUGUAAGAUGGUUUCAGGCCCGUGUCCCGGUAGACCCGGGUCGUGGUGGCGACGUGUUCCGAAAUAAUUGAGGUCUAUUAUGUCAAUGUGUCAAAUUAUAUUCAAAGAUUCAGUAGUUUGUUUUACUAAAGGAAGAAAUAUGUUGUGAUACUCACAAAGUAGAUCAGUCCAACUAUGAUUUUAUAUUUCAAUUUUUUGUUCAUUUGUUAGAGUGAAUUCAUUUGCUCUAGUAUUAUCAUUCUUGAUCAAUAAUUGUGGAUCUUUAGUAGUAAAUAACUUUUUGCAGUAACAUUUUAUACUUUUGUCAUGUUUAAAAGACAUUUUGAUUGUAAGCAUUUUCCGCUACUUAUCGUAAUUUAAAGCAUCACACAAAUCUUGUAACCAGAGAGACGCUAGCUUCGUGUCUGAAACUGCAAUAUUUAUAAUAUAUUACGACAUUAAUUUUAAGUUAUUAUGAUCUCCUUUCGUAUGUAAAUUAAGUUAUAUUAGAUUUAGUUUAGAAAUAGUUGCGACUUUCAAAAUUUUAAAUAAGGUUUGGUCCGUGUCCUGAAGUUCAGUACUCAAAACGAAAUGGCUCAAUGGAGCGUUCACUCUUUGCUGAAAUUAAAUUUUGGUUGAGAACUCCCAACGCUUUUUCGACGCAUUUCACGCUAAAGAACAAUUUCCUUUCGUCCCUUUCUCUCUUCAAUGAACGCGAGAGAGACGUAAGAAAUAUGUUCUGAAAUAACAACAAAAGUCUAAGUAUAAUGUAAGUGAAACACAAAUACACAAUCGUGAGGGAUUUCGUCCAUCGACGGAGCAAUUCGCCAACAUUAUUUCAUUACGUAAGAUUUAAAAACUUGAGUAUUUGUGUUUGAUUCAUCCUAAACUCUAGCAUAUUUGUUUUGUUGUUGUAUUUUAAUGGAUUAUAUCUUUAUGAAUAUUGACGAUUGUUUUUUUUUUAUAAUUGAAUUUCUAAACGAGUUAGAUAGUAGCUUUGCGUAGUUUUCCAUUUGUAAUUCUGAACAAACAAUUCGGUCUCCAACCGCGGCCCUUUAUAAAAAGUACAAAUUGUUUCAUCGUUUUAGGUCGAAGGGCCGAGGUCUGCAAAUAAAAGUCAGGUGUCAUUAUCAUCAAAUUCAUUAAUCUUAGAUUGUAGAACUAUGGUAUAUUUUAUUUCUUUUAAUAACUGAUACAUACACUGGGUAUGUCAAGUUUUUAACGGCGUCUGUCGUGACUUCUGGAACCAAAGUGCCGGCGAGUCCGGCCUAGACUUAAUGAAAUUUUAAAUGAACUUAAUGAUUGACGACUAGAGUGAAUUAUUUACAGUACUGUUGGUAAUUUCUGACUCUUUAAGUGUUCUUUUAUAGCAUGUUUUGACGUUAUUUCAGAUAAUUAUAUGAAUUAUGUUCUGUGUGUUCUCUAAAACAAACGCAGUAUUUACUACUUGACAAAACAGGUGUGCAGAAUUAACUUUAGUUAUAUUUUGUAUAUCUCUCGUGUCAAAUAUGUAAAUAAACUUAACGAAUACUAGGCUAUAAAACACAGUGCAUAGAUUAUUGUAACUUAUGAUUCAUAAAUAUGCCUCUGUUUGUGAGAAGACACCAAAAUGUUUGGUAUAAAAAUUGUUAUUUAUUUUUCUUAACCAAUAUUUUUGUAACGACACGAGCAUUCUCCCUUUCGUAAUCACCGUCAGAAAGAAGUAUGAAGAAUAUAUAUGUAUAAAUAUAUAUUUAAAUACUGGCCACUCUCUAUCUUGUAAUUUUUAAUAUAAUAUUUUUCUUUAACACCUGUGAUGUAUUAAAUAUGAUCUCAGAAAAUAAUUUAACUUUACGCAAUAUCAUAUUUAAUUUAAUGUUAGUUACGUGUUGUAUGUAACUAAGACAGUGUCCCUGCAUUUGUAUGAGAAACAGUUUAAUACAUCAGUUAAUUUUAUUUCGUUUAUUAUGGUAUGUGUAGUUAGGACAUAGUGCAGUGCAGUUCUAUACAUAUUGGAAAAUUCCGAAUUAAGUUGGAUUAUGUUUUGUGAUUAUAUGUUUUUGAAAAUAUAUGUGACUGUUACUAUUUUCAUGUUUAACAAUUUGUGGUGUUGUUCUAACUGCUAGAGCAGUACAGUGUUCGACAAAGUGAUAAUAGCGUACGCUGCUUGACGUGUCAUUGCAACGCGUAUUCUCAUCUCUUUCAUCACAUCUAUGAUUGUGUCGACGAGAAUAUAUUUGUCUCAUUCACACAAACUUACAUGAGCAUAGAAUGGUGACAUGUUAAAUUCGCCAUUUCUGUCGCACUUUAGAUAUGUGUCUGAGCCAGUCUGAUGGCCUAUAAAAUAAUUGCAGUAUGUAUAUCGCUUGAAAUUCUGCCAAAAAUUAAUCCCAUUUAAUUAAUUAUUUUCCAAAUGUAAUCGAGGUGGUGUGGUGCGUUGAGGCUGGAGAAUGUUUUGUAAGUUUGCUUUUUUGUAUGAGUCUUUUGUAUGAGUUUGGUUUUAAAAUACAAAAAUACAGACAAGUAAAUAGUUGUAAAGGCCCUUGGCACUGUAUAUUAGAAGCACCAUGUGUAUUUAUUAUGGGGUCGGCCUGUGUGGGAUACACGAAAUGUAUGUUUAAUUGCCUAUAAGCCGCAGAGGUGAUUGUAAUAUUUUUUUAAAACGUGCCAAAUAACAUAUACUGGAACCAUUUGUAGUAUACGAGUAGUUGUUUGGUCUUGAGAUCUAUACGGGCUCUGUCAAACCAAUCUUGCAUGUUCUCAAUAGUUGUUUAAAGCUACAUUAUAAGGGUGGGUUGCACCAGUCAACUUUGACGUUAACUUUAAUCUCGUCGUCUUAAUAGUACUUUACGUUUUUCGACGCAAGUUAAAGUUAAUGUCAAUGAACUGAUGCAACCGAACCUUAGUGAUAUAUUGUCAAUAUGAGAGCUGUUUUUUCUGCAAUAGAAGCGUAAAUACGCUUACUCUUGUAAAUACAUGAGAAAGUAAUUAAUUCUAUAUUAUAUCAAGCUAAUAAUAUAAUAUUUCUAAUGUAUAAACGACUUACAUUUAGUUAAAAAAGCUUACUCCGUAA